GGGGCGCGAGGCGGAGGCGACUCCAUGGCCGGCCUCGGCCGCUGACGGGGAUCCCGUCCCCCUUGGCGACCCGACCACGGAGCUAGAGCGACGGACAAUCUCUGCUAUCCUCACACAUCGUGCUGGUGGAUUCCUUGCUGCUUUCAUCUGUAUUUUAAGACAGCUGGCGUCUGACACUAUUGAAAUUUUGUCUGUCCAUUCUGAGAAAUGGCACGCUUGUUCCACUAUUUCCAGGGAGAUCCUGUUGUGACAUCCUCUCCCACUGAAGUUCGUAUGUGGGUAGAAGAAUUGGAUUAUAGUUUUCUUUUAUAUGGAGAAAUUUUUGAAAGUGCAGAAAUCAAUGGUGAGAAGUUAUUAAACAUCACCAGGAAACAACUGAAUGAACUUGGAAUAGUCCGCACUGACCAUCAAGAUAUACUGCUAAAAGCAGUUGCUCGUAUUCGUCAAAAGGGUAAAAUUGAAGAGCAAGCUAUGUCAAGAGAAGAUCAGAAUAUCAAAAAGAUGCCUACCAGAUUUGGAAAAGAAAGUGAACAACUUGAAUAUGCUAUUGAUCGUGUUUUUGUCACAAUAUCGGAAAGAAGAUUGGCACGUAGUCUAUAUGGCACUAAUGAAGAGCCUCCUGAUAGCGUUAUUACAGCUACCCUUGAACUGGUUAAUAUUGUCAACAUGAUAUUAAACAUUCUGGAAAGGCCACCAUUUGAUUGCAUGUCAGAAUUUUCCAGUGUGAAAAAUCAUCUCAUUAAACAUAUCACAUUACUGAAACAUUUCUCUGAACAGACUGAUCUUAGCCAUGAAAAUGAAUCUGAUAUAAUAGAUGUGUGCAAGGGUGUGACUAAAAUGUGUCGCUACAUAAUUUCUCUACCACCUGAUCUUCCAAAACCAGAACUACAAGUUCCAGAAUCUGUUCAUCAUGAAGACAGACCACCCAGGGUGCAAGUGCCAAUUACCACUGAACCUGAAACAAUGAGUUCUACAGUGAAAUGUAAACCUAAUUAUAUUCCACUCACUCAACAACUAUCAGUGCCAAUAACUACAACUGUCUUACCAUAUGAACCUGCCAUACAAUAUACAUCCCUUCCCAAUCAAAGAGUAUCUGAGAGUUGUUCAUCUUCACAAAGAGUUGACACUCCAAGUGAUGAAGGAGCAGUUACAUUGGAACAUGAUGAAAAAAACAAAUCUAAAAUGGAAAGUCCUGAUACAAAUGCAUCUGAAACUUUGGGGAGUUCUUUUUACUAUAAAACUUUCGAAGACCUAACAAUUAUUGAAAGUGAUAUUCCUCUUAUGGACUCUGGUUCUGAAAGAUGUGAAAUUGAUUCUGACUCUGACCGAGGUGUUGUCUCAGAUUUUGAGUUAGAAGAACAAUCUAAGGGCUCUGGAUCAGUAAUAUGGGGAGUAGAUUCUGACUCAGAAAAGUCUCCUAGGGAUGCAGACUCUAGAAAACAACCAUUAAAAGCAGAAAGUUAUCAAAUGGGUUCAAUCUCAGUUGAAGACUUGACCAAGACAGAGCAGCUGCUGGUGAGAAUUGAACAGGUGGAAUCUGAAUCUCUGAAAGACUGGGUGCUCUCAGGCUCAGAGAAAUCCCUGGAAGAUUCUGACUAUGAAAGAGACUCAGCCUCUAAUAAUGAAAGAAAGAAAGAAGAAAAACGUCAAAUGGCUUCAGAUUCCAUAAAACGUCUGAUGGAAUCUGAAAAAACAAUGAUGGACACUGAAAUUUUCUGGAUGAUACCUGAUUCUGAGAGUUAUGCAGUAGACUCAGGUACAGAAAAAGAUAGAGCAUCAACGUCUAAGGUACAUAUGAUACAGGUGGAAAAGCAAAGAUCUAAGAGAUAUCUGAUGGACUCUGACUCUGAAUCAAGUGAGAUGGACUCAGAUUUAGAAAGAUGUGUGCUAGCCUCAGCAGCUACGAAACGUUUCAUGGAAACAGAAACAUUUCAUAUGAGCACUGCUAAUAACAAGCCCACAAAGGAUUCUUGGUCUGAAAGAACAGUGACCUCAGACUCUGAAAGCCCUGCGAUGUCCUCUGAUUCUUUGAAGCACAUAAAGAAAGCUGAAGCAUGCAAAAGUACCUGUAAUUUGGAAAGACUCAAGGUGAUUCACAAGUCUGAGUCUCUACAGCAGUGGUUAGAUGCUAAAAUAGAACAGUUAGGUUCUGGUCAGAGUGGACACUGGGAUAGCUCUGGAAAGUAUCAUUUUCGGUCUAUAGUACCUCAAGAUAGCUUUGGAAAAUGUCAGGGUGACCUUCAAACAUUAAAGAGUAUCACUGGAAAAGAUCAAGUAGACUCCAGUUCUGAAAAACAUCAGGAAAAAGCUGGAAAUGAAAAAAAUAAAAAUGAACCUGAAGGUAAAGGACACCCCAUAAAGAAAGAGAAAGGAUUUGACAAUGAGGGGUUUCAAAUGGAUAAGGAAAGAGAAGAACAUCUCAUGAAGUCUGACCAUCAUGAUUCAGAAAAAGAAGCACACCGACUUGGUGCUCGCAGAAAGGAUAAUCGUCCUCCAGGUUUUUGGAGGCCUCUUACCCUGCCUACUAAGCUUGGUGAGGAAAAGAAAACUGAAGAGCAAAAGUCUGUACAGCAAAAAGAUAACAGAGUUUGCAGAAGUCAGUUAACAAGAUACAAGAAUGAAGACAAAACUGUGAGAUUCAAAGAGGCAUCUUCAAGUCUCAGUGCCAUGCAGCUGUCACAGGGGGAAAAAAAGAAAAAACAUGGCUAUAGUUUUUCUCCAGACUCUCAUACAUACACCGAUGAGAAGUAUCACAGAAAAGCCAGCCGGAAAAUAUCUAUCUAUAAGCGCCAUUGCAGGGAGUAUAGAUAUGCCCAUGGUUUUGAGAGUUUAAAGUAUCAAAUUACUCCUAUUCCUCUAAGUUCUGAGACUUGCACCUCUAAUGCAUCAUCACUUGUUGGCAGCCCAAAUUCUAAGAGUUCUAAGUCUGUCAAAAGACAGAAGACUCGAAGAAGUAUUACAUCUUCUUUGGAUGUGGGAACUCAAAGAUGCGCCAGAUGUUUUAUGGAAAUCAGUAACUCUUCUUUUCAUAAAUGCUCCACAAAUUCUGAUGAUUCUGACUCGGACUCUCCUUUACAUAGCCAAAUUUCCUCAGAUUCUAAAUGUUCUUUGGGUUCUAAAACUGGUAGACACGUGAAGACUUCUCGAAAUAGCCCUUUAUCUCGAUCCCUGGAUCCUAAGCAUUGUGUGGGCAUCCGCUGCUCUCUGCACGGGGAAGAUUUUAAAUCUUCUUUGGAUUCCACCUCUUAUUUACAUUGUGAAAGUUGUUCAGCUCUCCAAAAUCUUAAGAAAUCUGCUGCUACCCAAACCAUUCCUAUAAAAUCUGAAAAAAUCAUGGGCCAGCAUAGUGCCUCUGGCCACAUAAUGUCGACACCAAAAAGAUUAUCUGCAAGUGAAAGCAAAUUCAGUCUUACUGCCCAAACUCAAAAUAAGGAUAAUUCUGAUGAUAGCAUUAUUAAACCUAUCAGUGCUAGACAUAUCAAAGAUGAGGCUGAUGUUGAAAACAAACUUCUUUCCAAAGAUGAGACAGACCAUGAAGAUGAGACAAAUACUGAAGAGGAAACAGAUGUUGAAGAUGAAACAGACACUGAAGAUGAAGACAACAAAGAUAAGAAAGAUCCCAAAGAUAAAUCUGACCCCGAUGGCAGUGACCCUAAAGAUGGAAACUCUGAAAAUAAUACUGAUAACAAUAGUGGGUCUGAUCCUAGUGGUGCUUCUGGGCCUACAAGUGAGCCUGAUUCCAUCAAGGAUGGUGACUCUAAAAAUGGAACUGAUCAUAACAACGAAUCUGACCCUGCCAUUGAUAAGGCCUCCAGCAGUGAUGCUAACUUGAAAUAUUACACUGAUUUAGGCAAUGCUCCUGAUCUGGCAGAAGAUGUCAAUCAACACAAUAAUGCUGACUCCAAGGGUAGCACAACUCCAAACUCUGCCUCUGGAAACAAAAAUAGAACUGUGCUGGACUAUAUUUCUAGUUCCAACUAUGAUUCUUUUCCUAGAAAUGACACUGGACAAGGAAACAAUACUUACUCUGAGACUAUUAGACCAAUUUCCAACAGUUUUAACUUCAUCCAAAAUGAAACUGAUCCUAAGAACAACCCUAGCCCCCAAAAUAGCCAUGGACUCCCAAAAGAUACUGAGUCUAACUAUAAUACCAAACCCAGUAAUGCUACUAGCCACAAUGUUGAACCUAACAAUAUGUCUGACUCUAGCUAUGACACAGAACCUUCUAGCACUGCUAAUCACAAACAUACAGCUGCCAUAAAAUAUUAUUCAGACCUUAAUGAUAUCACAGGGUUUACAUAUGAAGUAAGAUCAAGUUUUCUAGUCAGCCCAAACUAUUUUGGCAGAAAGAAAUAUGCUAGUAUAACCAGCUUUGCACUUAGCACUAUCAAUGCCAUUGAUACUAGCAACAUCAUCAGCUGUACUGCUGCUAUUAGCUAUCAAUUUACUGCUGGAAAAAACUAUGCCCCAGAAAAUAAACAUUUCCUUAGUCAUUUAAAUGGAUUCAACAUUAUCAUCAAAAAUAUUCAGAAUGAUCAUAAUUCUUCUAGUACCAGCAAUAUUAACAUUCUAACUGAUAAUGAAUUAAAAGCCAGUUCUAUAUCAUCAUCUAUUCUUAAAAUUGUUUAUAGAAAUAUCUCACAUUUUAUUACUGGCACAAAUCAUACUUCUUAUCCUGAUUUUUCGAUAACCUCUGAAUUUUAUGAUCCACUUGAAUUUGUUAGAGCUUAUAUAAUUUUUGAUAGCCAAAAUAUUGGUGCUCAGUUCCAAAACACUACUGGGUACAUGGACCCUUAUACUUCUAAGUAUGCAACUGGGUCAACAGAUGCCCUUGAUUCCAAAGAAUCUGGCUUUUUAAAAGAUUUUUUUGGGGUCCAGAAUCCAAUUGGCAUCAAGGAUCCUUCUCCUUUCAAGAUUCUUUCCAAUACAAAUAUUCCACUCCACAGUUUUGAUAUUAUAGUUGAAGCUGAACUACCAGAUGUUAUGAAGUUUGCUGUAUCAUCAGGUGCUGUGAAUAAUUUAUUUAAGUUGAUGGACAACUACAGUAGUGCUUCAAGAGGUGAAGGGGGACGUUUGGCAGUACCUAUGAGAGAAGUUACUAGAAGAUCUUCUGAGGUACCAGUUUGGAGAUCAGCAAAGAGACCUGCUUGGGGACCUGAAGGAAGAAGACUUGCCAGAAGAGAUAGGGGUUAUGUCAGUUCUGCUAGAGAUUCUUCAGGGAUGCCUGCUAAAGGACUUGGACUUGUAAUGAAUCCUCCAAGGGGCCGUUCUUUGAGCCCUAAAAAAGGAUACUCGGAGAGAUGUGGUAGAGAACGUGUUGAGAGUCUUACAAGAGGUUACACUAAGAGACAAGCAAAGAGAAGAACUGUGAGUUCUUUCAGGAUGCAUGCUGUGAGUUCUGCACAGGAAAUUGCUCUGCAACCAACACGAAGACUUCCCAUGAGACAUGAAAAGAUGAGACAAGCAACGACAAGAACUGUGAGUCCUUUCAGGAUGCAUGCUGUGAGUUCUGCACAGGAAAUUGCUCUGCAACCAACACGAAGACUUCCCAUGAGACAUGAAGAAGAAUUUCUUCUGGGAGCUGCAGUGGGACUUACCGUGAAACCAGCAGAAGUAUAUGAUGAAGAAAAUUCUAAAUCUGCCAGACAAUCUGCCCAGUCUACUUGUGAUGAAGAUCAAAAUGAAAGUGGAUCCUCAAUUAUAAUGGAUUUUAUAAAUUGUUUCAUGAAGGCAAAGGCUCAAACCUGGAUUGAUUUGUCUUGGUUUAGAAAGCUCUUGCCCACAUUUUUCUCUGAGGAAGACCAUCAUUCUUGGUCUAAAGCUCAAUUUUGUGCAAUAGCCUGUACGGAACUGGGUCACGGGAAAUGUGAAGGAUGGCUUUGGCAUAAGAGACCGUCUAGAGGAAUCUCCUUUUUCAGUUGGAAAAAAUACUGGUUUAUUCUGAAGCACUCAACUCUCUACUGGUUCUCACAUCUGAAUGACACCAAGGCUGAUGGUUUCAUUUACCUACCAGAAUUCCGAAUUGACUUAGCUCCACACUGCAGAAGAGACCAUGCUUUCCAAGCCACCCAUGCAAGAAUCAAGGAUUUCUACUUUGCUGGCACAUGCUCGGAUGAGAUGAAUUAUUGGGUUUGUCAGAUGUUAGAGUUAGCCUUCGGUUCUUCAUUUGGAGAUGCUGCUGCUAAUGCAGAAUACAGACGUGUGAGUGCUAUGAUUUAUGAAAAGUGUCUUAUGUCCUUGAAGAGAAACUUCCCUGUGAUCUGGUGUAACUACUGCCAAGAAGAAACUACAAUUGUUUCUGUGAAUCCAAACUUCCAAUACAGACGUCCUCAAAAUAUUUCUGAUGAAUUCAUUUAUUUCCGUCCUAUUAAAGAGGAAAUUCAGGAAAGGGCCAGAAAACAAAAUGAACAGAUUCCAACUUUGGCCUCCCAGCAACCCAAUCCUGAAGGUAUCCAUCAGAGGGACUUGGGGCUUACAAGUCAGGUGGUAAAAGCUACCACCCCACCACUAACUGAGGAGUUAGAAAGCAUUGCCCUUGUAAGACCAAAAACUUCAGGUCUUCUUCGCAUAGAGUUAGUACCAAUUUUUCCAAGGCUCCUAGAAUUUCAUCGCUUAGACGUUACAGGAAUUGCCAGUCCCAAGGAAAGGGGGAAAGGCACCGCAAUACUUGUUGCAGGUGUGCCUGGAAAGGAGGAGCUAGAUGAUACAGAAAUUCCAACUUUGCACUUCACUGGGUUUGUACACCUGGAGGUUUUACUAAAUAAAUGUUCACCAUCCUCAGAAUACAGUCGCCCAGGAACCCCAAGAAAUCUGUGGAUGGAAUCUCCAGAAAAUGCAGAGUCCCCAGGAAGUGAUGAUAUGGAAGUAGCAAGAAGCAUGUAUCCUUUUAGAGAAAGAUUCAUCUAUCGGCGUUCCUGGGCAGAGCUCUUAGAGGCACCACUAAACAAUGAGGGGCUCCAUAUUCUCCAAACUAUUCCCAAGGAAGAAAACCGAAAUACGGGUUGCAACAAACUAACAUCAGAAGAAGAGAAUCAAGUAAUCAUCCAUACUAAGGAUCAACAUUUCCAACCUUUGCAAGGCCCUUUCCCCUUGUUGCCAGAACGUCCUAAGCUCCAGCGGCAGCGCAGUCAAAGCUUACCAAGAUACAGUGAAGCCAGAGGCCAGUAUUUAAAUGCACCUGAAUUCAAAUUAAAUGAAGAAGAAACUCACUUCUUCCCACUUGAUCAUAAUUUAAUAACAGAAGAAAAUAUCAAGGAAAUAUACAACGUGAAGGGAGUCUGGCAAAGAGAAAUUUCAUCACAUUCUGAAGAACAUCUUCCCAUCAAGCCGAGAUUUGAAAAUUCUGCAAUUGGAGAAAACAUUGGAAUUCCUGAGGAUACUUCUGCAUGCUCCAAAGGCAAUGUUAGAAUCCCCAAGAAUGAUGUCAAUACUAUCCCCAUGGUUAAUGCUGGAAUGCCCUUAGAUAAUCUCCAAGUUCUUAGAGGCAAUGCUGGAGUUCCCAGGAGCAGUGCUUUUGGUGUUUACAUGGGUAAUAGUGAUAGAACCUCCAGACAUAUGGUAUCUUCUCCACUCACUGAGCUCUCAAAGAUAGGUGAACACCAGUUAUAAAAAAUGGUACUUUACAAUGCUGUCCAUUGAAGAAACAAACCAAGACACUUAACAUCAAAACAGACAUAUACAAACUUGACAACUCAAAAUACUAAAUGGGAUAUCUAAAUUAUGAAUUCACAAUGAACAUAAUUAAUAAACUUGUGAUAAUUAUUUAUUAGACUGGAUAAAACUAGAUUGUAGCUAGCUAGUUUAUCCCAUAUGUGGCCAUCAAUUGUAUAUGGAAUAAUCUAGUUGGAGGAGUGUGUUUCAGAUGUGGACUUUUUCAUUGAAUAAAAUAUCAAGUAAUCCUCAAAUGACAAUACCUCCUAGUAAUUUCAAGUCCUCUUGAAUACUUUGAAAGACAAAUAAAAAUGAUCUCAGAGGUUUUGUCAUUUAUUUUGAUGGGUCUAGUUUAAUGUCCAAGACAUUUAUUUAAUGAAAGCUAAAAUCCAGGCGAUUUCUUUAGUAUAAUACUUCACUAAAAUAUUUUUAAAAAAACAUCUGAGGAAAAGUUCACUAACAAGAGUAUUUAAAUAUGGCUAUUUGUGGUUUCUUUACAUAUACAUAUCAAAAUUGUAAAUAUUUAUGGGAAGCCUUAACAAUACAAGGAGACAAAUAACUGUAGAACUGUAAAUAUCAUAUGUGGUUGUGAUGCUAAUAAUGUAAGACAAUAAUAACAGCACCACAGAAUGCCUAAAAUAUUACAUGCUAAAACAAUGUUUUUGGUUUGAAAGUUAAUUUUUUACCUCUCCCAGCCACUCUGUUCAUUUGCAUAAGAAGAUUCAGGGUAGAAGAUAAAAAUUCUUGAAAACUUUUAUGAGAUGAAUGAGUAGGACGCUCUUCCCAGAGCAAUGAAGAUAGCGUUUCAUUGACCCAGGUGAUCAGCCCAGUAUUCAAAUUAAUGAACCCUACUUGUAUAUAAAAUAUGACUUUCUGGAACAAUUAUUUCACAAAUCUUGUAAGGUAGAUAAAAUAUUACCAGAAGGUUAUGAGAAUAACUGACAAAUUACUUGGAAAAUAAUCUCAUUACUUUGUAUUCAUGUGUAAUAUAAAAUUUGUGCUGAGUUUUAGGGCACUCAGGCCAUUAUUCAAUUUGUACAUUUAAAUAUUCAACUUUCUGAAUAAUGGUUGCUGUUGUUUUUACAAAAACAAGGGCAAUUUAAACAAUAGGUUGCCACCUAACCCCUUAUUAUGUGCCUUAACACAUAGUGCAAGGGGUCUUUGAUGUGAAGGCAAACUCUUGCCUUUUAUUAUAAGAUUUCUUUGGCCUCUGAGGAAGGAGGUAAAGAGGCUGGCUAGCCUCCCUCCCUUCAAUCCCCAUGGUUCAGCAUGCUCUUUAUGAACCAGGGCUUUAACCUCAGAAAAUUAGUAAAUGUAGUGAGAUUUUUUUCUCCUACUUCUUACCAACCAAGAAGAUGGUAUACCAUUUCAGAUUUGAGUAACCUGAUUUUCAUGUAGCGUGGCAAAACCACAGAAAUAAUAGAAGGAUACAGGCUACCAUAGUUGAGUUACUGCCAAUAUUUGACUUAGAAUAAAAAGCAAACUGAAACAUCACCUUGCUUAGCAUGCUCUCUUGUCACACCGACUUUCGGGAACACAACUUUGGGUUCUAAUUUUCAGAGGAAACCACCUUGUGAGUGAAAAAUAAUGAGUACAAUAGAAACUGAGAAAUAAUUUAUCAAGAACUAAUGUUUAUCAAAAACAAGUAGAAAGAGAGACAGUAAACAAAGUUUGAUUCAAUUAUAUAUAAGACUAAUAUAUAAUUGAAGACAGUCACGAAAACACCAACUUCAUCAUCAACAAAACCCUGCUUUGUGAGUGUUAUUCCUCAUAAUCCAUACAAUUGUGGAUAUUGUGUUUAGUGGCUUAAAUUUUAAAUAUAAAAAUGUAUGUAAAGUGGCCAGCUGCUUCUCUGUAAAUUUUUAUGAAAUUAAAUUAAACUGUUAAGUAAAAAUCAAACAUGAAGAUGGUCUAAGAAGAUUAUUCUCAAUCCUGUACUGGAAGUUCUUUAUAGUCUUGUUUUUAUUCUUCUAAAUACUAUUAGUCUUUAUUAAACUGAGCACGUCAUUAUUUAUUUUCAAAGACUAUGCCCUAUUUCUUAGGGUUCUCCAUAUCAAAUUAAUUCUCUAAGUCACUCAAUAACAUCAAUAUUCUACAAAAGAGAGAAAGAACAUAGUUUUUUUCAAUAAGCAAACUUCAUAACAAAAUUCAUAUAGUUGUCAGAAAUGUGUCAUUAAUCACAUGUUAUAUUUCCAUCAAAUCAUUGUUUUAAGCAUGUUUUAGAAGUAAAAAUCCAAAAUAUAGCAAAGUGCUUUUAACAUAUAAUAGGUUACAAAGUAUAUGUGCCUUUUUCAGUAAAUAUUUCAAGAGCAGAGAGCCUCACUAAUGUGGAAGACAAAUUUAUGGAAAAUGAGAAGCAAUCUAAGAAAAAAACAAAAAUUAGAAUAAAACUAUAGCUUUAAAAUAAAUGAAGUUCGUUAUUAUUUGGAAGAGAAUAUUUUUAUUUCUUGAUUAUUUCAUUACUUAAUAAAAUGAACAAAUAACCCUAAAAUUUACACUAUCUUCAGAUACACUAAUCCCCUAUAAGUGUCCCUCAACCCAUCCUAACCCUACUACAUCCUUAACCUUUCUUAUUCCCAACCCAGUACUUCUUAUCCCGAACCAUAUCAUGCAUACCUCAUCCCCCCACAAUUUAGUUCCUUCCUCACCCCUAUACCAUUUUGGGUAUCUUCUCUGCUUUCCUCCUCUCCCCAUCUAAUUCCACAAUGACAUUGUCCUCAUGUUUACUAUACCCUAUUUAUCAUGCUCCUUUCCCUCAGUCGAUUCCCAAAUUCUGUCCAACUCCCACUAUAGCCUUAUUAACUCCUGUCUCAAGUCUCCCGUACCUUUGACCCUUAAACUCCACCCCAGCACGUCUCCCAACAUUUUGACCUUUAGGAACCAGGACAGAAUAAAUAUUAAGGUAAACACCAUGAGUAGAGUAAAUAUGUCUACUUGAUACCUUUGUUAAUUUAUAAAAAAAUAAAAGUUCAAAAAUUGUGUAUUUUCCAUACUAAAGCAAGAUAUUCAAAACUGUAACAUCUGUAGAAUUAAAACUGUUGGAUAGGAAUGAUGAUGUGAAAAUGUAGGGGCCAGAAUACCAUGUACUCCCCCAACCAAUAUUCCUUGUUAUUUAAAAUAACUGGCUUAUGCUAGUCUUUCAAGGAUUAUGAAAACGUAUGCAGCACAGGAUUUAAAGAUGUUUUUUAGUUUUAAAUUUUGUGUUUGCAUGACUUUGAAAGCACCAAUUUUUUCUUUAUAUAUUAUAAAAUCAUUCUUUUUUAGGCUCUUUGAGAAAAAUAAAUGGACUUAUAAUACCGAUUUCUUCAUCUAAAUUGUAAAAUAUGUUAAUGAAAACAAUAAAAUACGCACUUUGUGAAUUUACCUAGAGCAUAUUUUUGCUAUUAAAAUAAUAUUUUAAGAGUUUAUUUUUAAAAGGACUCACCUUUAGUAGAUUUCAUUAUCUUAAGCAAGUAAUAUUCACCUACAAACCAACUUCUCUAUUCUUAUAAAUAUAUCAGAGUAAGAUAAUAAGAUCAUCUUCAAAAUAAAAUUUACCAUAAAAUGCAGUGACAUUUGUUAAAUCUAAAUUAUGAUAAAAUUACCAACAGUUAAUAUUACCCAGAUACUCAAUGUUUUUGAAGAUCAUCAUGAUUAUAUUAACUAAUGUCCAUAAUUUUUCAGAAGUAUACCUAGUUAUUCAAAAAUAAAUACACAUAUAUUUGAGGGUUUAAAGUUAAAAAUAACAGUUUCCAAAGUUCCUUUCUUAAACCGUAAUAUUUCAGUUUACCAUAAUGCCAUAAUGCAGUGCAAAGUGUGUUUUAAAACCAAAAUAAAUGUCAUUAAAAAGUAGUAGCAAUUUGGAAAUACCCACUAUUAUCAAAAUUAAGUAAGAAAAAAUCAAACCACCUCUACACAUUAUACCUCCACAGCCUCUACACUCAUCAGAUACUCCAACCGUUUCAGUUUGUUCUUAGUACAUUCAUUAUGUUUCAAGUUAGUAAUACCAUGUUUCUCAUUUUCUACACCUAUCACCAGUGACUAGAGAACAAAUCUGUCUAAAAUCUGCAAAACCUGGUAUGAUGCUUACAGCUUUAAUAUUUAUUAUGAAUGUAAAUAUCCACCUUUUGAAAGUAAAGAAAACAACUGGGUUUUAUUUUCAAAGUAAAGCAGGACAGUUAAGUGCACUAGUAUGGUGAAACAUUGUCCAUUUUACACUGAUGCUGUAUUUGAUUUUGUGAAAUGUGUGGUACCAUUAUUUGCUGGCCAUUGUUGACUUUUCUCUUGUUUACUAAAUAUUUAUUGUGGUACGUUUAAACAAAGUAUCAUUCAAGGUGAUAUCGUAAUAUAUAUGUGAUGUGUGUGUAUUGGCAUAUAUUGUAUCUUUAAAUAAACUGUGGUGUAGAUUGAUGUGAUGUUUUUAUUUAUUCAUGGGUUGAAUUAUUGCAGCACUAGAGUACUGAACUCCUGGUGCUCAUUCUAUAAGAUUAUACUAAUCUUAUAAAAUUCACAACAGGUAUUUUAAUAUCUUACUAAUUUAAAAUUCAAAUAAAGAAUAUUGCAGAUGGGUUGUAUCCAUUUGGAAACUAAAUUGCUAAAUCAAUCUUAUUUCUGUAACAAUUUACUAAACAUUUAUUAGAACUAUGUUCAAAACUAAAAACAAAAUUAAUUCUGCACCUGUUGAAGUAGCUGCUGCUUCUGUUACAAAGUCCAAAUAUAGUUACAUGAUCUGGGCACUGUUGGUUUUAGAUACCCUUCUGUGUGUAUGUGAGCCCCAGAGAAUAUCUGCAAAGAAAUCUAUACAAGAGCAGGAGCACUUUUAUUUAACCAUUGACAAUUUUUGCUACCACUAUGUAUUUUUUCUUAACUACACUGAAGAGAUUAUUAUAUAUUUUAUUUCAACUCCAACAUCACCUAACCUGUACAUGUCAUAUAAACCUAACCUUAGCCCUGAUGGGUUGGUAAACAUGAAUAUGGAGAUUCCAAAUAUUAAGUUUAGUGUCUGAAUCAGUUGUGAAUAAAAAUAAGACAGCCCAUCAACUUUUUACAUUAAAAAAUUUGAUUUGUUCUAAAUAUUUUACCUGUUUCAUUUAUGUACAAAAUCUCAUCAAAAUUCAUUUUUUAUUCAUGUAAAAUAAACUUAUAUAAUAUGGGUUGCCCAAAUCUUAUUAACUAGACUACCAGAAGUGUUUCAUGUUACAGAAAUAAAAAUAACAAUUCACCCCCUCUUACAUUUUGAAAACUAAAUUUCAACUCUUGGAUAAUAGUGUUUUGCCUAAGUAUUUUCAAUUUUGUAUUUGUAUCUUGUUGAGACUUGUACUCUAUGUAAUCUAUAAGUGUCAGCUGCUUCUCUUUCUUCUCAAGUAAAUUGUGAUACUAAUUGUGAUUGUUGUCAUUUUCUUAUAUUUCUGCCAAUUACCUUGUUAAUAUUUUGUGUUUGGAAAAAUUUAUUGAUGGUUAAUGCCAUUGUGUUGUCCUCACUAUUUUUCAACACAUAACAAUGAUGUGUAAGGUGCAUUUGCUCUUUUUUCUAGUACGUGAAUCUGCUGGAAAAAUAAAUAUUUGACACAAUAGUGAAAGUAAUAUAUUUCUUCCUGAAUUGAAAUUGUCUUUUGCUUUAAGUACUUCAUUAUGUAAGUUUAUAUUUCA